ACCUCCCGUGUUGGAAGCCCGCAAAGAACAGUGCUGUGCCCAAGGGUUCCGCUGCGAGGGGCGGCGCCACAAGUGCAGCCGACGAGCAGCAGCAGGGCAGAGGAGGCGGGCACACGGCGUACGCCGGAGGUUCCGGGACGGGUGCGGGGAGCUCGCAGGAGCGGUCGGCAGCGCCUCAGCACCAUUCGCCAGCAGACGAACCGCCGCCACUACCGGCAGCUGUCGAGCCAUGAGCAAGCGAGCCAAGAUGUCAGAGCCGGAUGCGAAGACCACCAUUCUGGGUUCUUCUGUCUUUCAGUUCAGAGUCGACUACGAGCAAAGUAAGCAGCUUCCCAUCGGGAAGGCCGUCCGCUCCGACGUUGUCUCGGCAGGGGGACACCUCUGGAGGGUUGAUUUUUUCCCGCGUGGCGAGACUGACGAAGACAAUGGCGAGUAUACUUCUAUCUUCCUCAGCCACAUGAGCAAAUCCUGUAGUGUCAAGGCCGUCUUCGAGGCUUUCAUGAUGGGUGGGAACAGCAAACUGUCUACGUCCUUGAACGCAGGAAGGACAUUGGAAACCUUCGAAAUCUUGGGAGAUAAAGACUUCGUUGACACCUGGGGAUGGACUCGUUUCAUCAAGAGGACUUCUGUUCAGGAAAAUUUCUUAACAGAGGGUCACAUCACACUUGUGUGCGCCGUCAUGGUCAUCGAUGACAAUCCUAUUCCUGUGCCGCCUUCAGACAUUGGGACCCAUAUUGGCCGCCUGCUAGAUGAGACUGACGGGACAGAUGUGGCAUUCAUCGUCGACGACAAGACAUUCCCUGCUCACCGAGCAGUGCUUGCUGCCCGCUCACCUGUCUUCAAAGCAGAGCUCUUCGGUUCCAUGGCCGAGGCUACAAUGUCGUCCAUCACGCUGCACGACAUCACACCUGCAACAUUUAAAACUAUGUUACGGUUCAUAUACACAGAUGAAUUGCCCGCAGAAGACGAGCAUCAGGACUCUUCCACUGAGAAGAUUCAGAAUCUACUCGCUGCAGCCGAUCGGUAUGCGCUUGACAGGCUGAAGUUUAUUUGUGCCCGGAAGCUAUGGGAUAAAGUGUCGGUAUAUACAGUUGCAACUAUCUUAGCUUGCGCUGAAACCUACAACUGCCAAGAGUUGAAAAAGAAGUGCAUGGACUUCUUUGUUCAGGAGGAAAAUUUCAAGGAGGCUAUUUUCACUGAUGGUUAUGCAUCGGUUCUAAAAUUCCCAUUGAUCGUUGCUGAGCUCAAAAGGAGGUUUAGGACAUAACAUGUGUAACUUCAGGCGUUCAAGCAUAGCUCUAGUAUGGUGUUUUGGUAUAUGGUUAGUAUUAUCUGACAUCUUGUCAAGCUGCAAGUCUCUAUUUGCUGAGUAGGGAGCCUGGGAGCUUGAUAAUGCAGAGAGUCUUGUUAAGUGUUGGGCUCAGUUGGUACCGAGUACUGAUGCCGAUAGCUGAGGUGACCCGAGCGUUCUGUCAGAUCUCGGAUGCAAAGUUAAGGAUGGCGUAGCAAAUUAGCAGCCCAUUUGUGUUUUUGUUUCUUUUCUUUUGGAUAUGCCAUGCCCUGAAGCUUCUUAAGAUGUUUACUUGAGCUAUGCUUGUGGAACUAUCUAGAUAUAUGUAGUCUAAAGUACUCCAAUUUGGUACUGUAUGAUCAUUCUAAUUUGGAGAGGAUGUCAGAGCUCAGGAGAUCUGAGUGCUUAAGUUGUCAUGACAAAGUUCUGGACUAUACCUAUUGCAUACUUCAGUGUUA